CUACGCUGUACAUCUGUAGAACUACAUGCUGUACAUAUCACCUCACAAUCGCUGUUCCAAACCACAAACAGGGAAUUGCUUGGCUUUUCGAAAAUGGCAGACUCCUUGAAGUCUUCAGAAGCCGCUUCUUCCGCAGAUGCGCCGUCCGUCUCCAAAAAGACAUAUUCCAUUGCAGGCAUCGUCACGACGGUUUUCGGUCUGGAUGAACUUUCUCCGCAAGCCUCAGAGGUCGCAUGUCUCUGGCUUCUGAACCCUAGGUUAGCUACUCAGGAAAGGAUGGCUCCUUUUGCGAUUGCAGCAAUCACAGACUGGAACAAUAGAGUCCAGGAUGGUCGUGCUCAGUCACCAGCCAAAGGCUUGAUUGCCAUCACAUUUGAUCAGAGAAAUCAUGGCACGAGAAUAAUCGAUCCCAUCGCCAAUGAGGCCUGGCGACAGGGGAAUCCACGACAUGCACAGGACAUGUUUUCCAUCUUCCAUGGCACUUCUCGGGACGUAUCUGAUCUGAUCGAUUAUCUCCCGUCAUACAUUUUCCCCAAAUCUGAGCGCAAGAUUUCGGACCACCUCGUUCUCGGCGUUUCGCUUGGAGGCCAUGCUACCUGGCACUGUGUUCUCCACGAUCCCCGGAUAAACACUGCCAUCCCCAUCAUUGGCUGCCCUGACUAUAUAAGUCUCAUGGCAGAUCGCGCGCGACUGUCGAAGCUACCCUCAUGGACCAGCAGCGACCCAGAAGGCUCCCAGUUCCUGGGCUCCGAGGCGUUCCCUCACUCCCUCGUGGAGGCUGUCCGCAAAUAUGACCCUGCAGGCUUGUUUCUGAGUCACGUUGAUUUGGGCACUGCGUCUGGUCCCCUAGAAAAUGGCCCCUUACCUGAACCGACCGAGGAGGAAAAGAAGACGCUACGACCGCUGUUGACUCAUUGUCUCGCAGGCAAGAGGAUUCUGAAUCUAUCUGGUGGGCUGGAUAAAUUGGUGCCAUAUCAUCGGGGAGCAUCUUUCCUGUCAUGGCUCAAGAAGGCCGUUGCACCCGGUGGCUGGUUCGGCGACGGUGCUGUUGUUUUCGAAGAUGUCAUUGACGAAAAUGCCGGGCACGAGGUAACACCGAAAAUGAUGCUCGAGGCGGUUAGAUUCAUCAGUGAAUCGAUAGAUGCCGCCAACGGUAGCCCGAGGAAGUCUGGCUUUGUCCGUGAAUCGAAAAUCUAACGUGCAUGUCUAACAUUAGUCAGUGUAAAUAGAAUAUGCUCCUUUCGUAAACUACGCAGAAUCGGAGCUCCCAGGUACGGAUGUACGGCGCAGUCUACGGCGAAAACCAAUAUUAUUCGCUUGGCAUAAAGCGGAUGUAGAGAAAUAUAGAAAAAUCCGUCAGAACUUUAAUGGAGUCUUCACACGAAGAGCGGUUGUUUUUGUCAAGUGAUAAUAUUAUAGGACGGAGAAAUGAGGCAUCGGCUAUCUCUAUACGAACACCACGCAUUAUUCUGAAGAUACCGAAACUGGAGUAAGGGGGAAAGGGUAAGGAUAAUAUCCUCAUGGUAUCUGUCUUGGCAAAUAAAAUCGUUAAAGACGUUCGACGGCUAUGCUAUGGACGUUGAACACAGAAACCUUUUGAAGUAUCUGAAUCGGAUUGAAGCCUAUCCGCGGCUUCUAAUUUUCCUUUCUUUUUGACGCCUUUCUUUCCCUGUGAAAUAGAACUGGCCGCCAAAUUACCAUGACCAGACAUAGUGAGAUAGAUAACCUUCCCAUUUUCACCGUCUCACUCCCAUAUUGUAAAUCCUCAUUCUCCCUGUUUAUGCGACCAACUCAACAACACCACCGGCCUCCUUGAUCUUCCGCUCGGCAUCACGGCUGAAGUAUCUGGCGCGGACAACAAUGGGGACCUCGGGAAUGCGACCCUUGCCCAAAACCUUGGAGUAACCAAGGGACAGGAGGUCGAUGACGGGAGCAGUAUCGGCCUUCUUGCCGCUCACGUAGGCGUCACGCUGCUCAGAGGGAACGAGAGACCACAGCUAAUUUGAGAAAAAGUGCCCUAUCAGCCAAAUUGCCCGACAAAGGAUGGUUAAAAAAUAAUAUCCAUUUUCCAUCUCCCCCUCUUUUCAGUCAUUUGCUCUGCCUUCCCUCCAGACCUAUUUAUGACCAAAAUGCACCAUCUUGUAGGAUCGGAUCUCACUAAUCACUCCCGCCCAGUUCUCCUAAGCUUCAUUCAAACGUACCUUGUCAAGGUUGAUCGUGGGCUUCCAGAAUUGCUGGCUAGUCCUGUGGAAGUACCUCAUACCGACUUUACCGAAGUAACCGGGGUGGUACUUGUCGAGGUUGGUACGGUGGUGGUGCUGACCACCGGCCAUACCACGACCACCGGGGUGCUUGCGGUGCUUGCCAAUACGACCUUUACCGGCGGACACAUGACCGCGGCUGUGUAAAAGGAGAAAUAAUAAAACGGGUCAGUUUCCAUUUCCAUUGGAAUGUGUUUCAAUGCGACUGUUCGAACAACACGAAAAGGUAUCGUAGGUUCCCCAAAGCAGAUGGCCGCUCGGGCACUCGGGACGGUGCAAAAUUAGGAGAUCACGACUCACUGUUUCCUUGUCUGCGUGAAACGGGUAGGCAUCUUGUCGACGGUGCUGCACUCGACAAGACCGGUCUGGGUAUAUGGCGAUAGGGAUGCGGUGGUUGAC